CCUUUUGUAGCGUUCUUUAUGUGUUUUUUAUGCACCUUUUUUCCACUUUAUGGCUCUGGAAACUCUCCUGUAAAGGAAUUAUUGGAACUACAAAAGGACAGAGACAACUUAAGCAACAUAUACAUGCUUGAGGAAGCCACAACAUAAGCAGCUCCAACGGGGCCAACUUCAAAAGUCUGAGGAUUCCUGGGAGAGAAGAAGGGCAACCAGCCUGAAAGAGCGGGACCAUGCCAGGCGGUCAGAUCCGGACUGGGUUCGUGCCAGUUCUGCUGGUCUGUUUCUUUCUGCUGUUGGCAUCUGGUUCAGGGAAUGCACGCAUGAUCGGGAAGAGGGGACUCAACCAGAAGGACUAUGAGUACCCCAACCAUCCUCAGCACCAAAAGAACGACCGCUGUCCUCCUCCACCGCAGAUGCUGCCUGAGCGAGCCUGUGAGGUGCCGGGCUGCCGGUCCGAUUCUGAGUGUGAGAGACACAAGCGGUGCUGUUACAACGGCUGCAUCUACGCCUGCCUGGAGUCAGUGCAACCUCCACCUGUGCUGGACUGGUUGGUGCAGCCCAAGCCACGGUGGUUAGGAGGGAAUGGCUGGCUAUUAGAUGGACCAGAAGAGGUUCUGCAGGCUGAGGCCUGCAGCACCACAGAGGAUGGAGAUGAGCCUUUGCUCUGCCCAACUGGUUACGAGUGCCACAUCAUCAACCUGGGAAACCCCUCAGCUGGGAUCCCAAACCGAGGCCAGUGCAUCAAACAGCGUGGAAACUCAGAUGGACGUAGCCUGAGACACAAGUCCUUCAAAGAUUACAAGGAUUAUUUAGCAAGUAACUCCAACAAUGCAGUGAGCUAUGAGAAACAUCAGCACAAGCAUGUGGGCUGAGACAGGUGACUGAAAGUUGGUUCCAUUUUAGAGGACUGAAGUAACCAGUAACCGCUGACCCUUAUACUUGAAGCCCAACCAUCAAAUCCAACAAAAGUGCCAAAGGCCUUUCUCUUCAUCGCAAACCAGAGAUCGGUUCAUAUCUGGUGCUCUUUUUCUUAGGUGCUAAAUGUGGAGUGACAGAAAUGCAAAGCUAAAAUUUCCUACCUCUCAUAAAAGCCAAAAACAGACCAC